CAAGUCAGGCAGUUUACAUUAAGCCUUUGCCUAUCGCGCAUGUUAAAAAGUGUAAACGGCGCGUGCGUAAUGACAGGUGAUAAAACGCGGGAAGUUAAACGUCUUUGAUGUGCCAAAAAAUGUUUAAGUGUGGUGAACAAAAUUACUUGUGAAUAGUUUAUAUUUGAAUAGAAUGAUGUUAAAGGUACAGCCCCGACAACUGGUCGGGAGGGUUUUCCCCAUACUGAACUGGUCUAAAAGCUACAACACCGAGACCGGUGUCGGAGAUUUGAUAGCUGGCAUCACUGUGGCACUUACUUUGGUUCCGCAGUCUAUCGCCUACGCAUCCCUCGCCGGAUUCGAGCCACAGUAUGGCCUCUACGCUUCCUUUGCUGGCAGUUUCGUUUACGCAGUCAUGGGAACCUGCCCGCAAAUCAACAUAGGCCCUACGGCUUUACUCUCACUUCUAACAUUCACGUACACAAAUGGAACGAAUCCUGAUUUUGCGAUACUUCUCUGUUUCAUCGGUGGCAUUAUACAAUUGAUUGCUGGAAUUGUACAACUUGGUUUUCUCGUCGAAUUUGUAUCAUUACCAGUGGUGUCUGGUUUCACAUCCGCUGCGGCGAUUACAAUCGCCUCUUCCCAGAUCAAAGGUCUCUUUGGCUUGAAGUUUAGUGCCGAGACUUUCAUAUCCACUUGGGGUGGCGUGUUCCAUCACAUUGGACAAACUAGACUGGAAGACACGCUUCUUGGUUUGUCCUGCUGUAUCGUCCUUAUGGGAAUGAAAGCUCUAAAGGACGUCCAAUUGAAAGACUCCCAAGAUGAAAAGGGACGACGCAAUACAGUCAUACUACAGAGGAGCUUCUGGUUUGCGGGUGUCUCAAGAAAUGCUGUGGUAGUCGUCUUGGCGUCUAUUAUCGCUUACUUCGUGCACCAAGACAAGGAUGAUCCAUUAAUACUUACCGGUGACAUAACUCCAGGGUUGCCAACACCAAAACCUCCACCGUUCCAGACGACGGUUGGCAACACUACGUACUACGCUGGGGAGAUGUUCGCGCACCUCGGCUCUGGGCUACUCGUGGUGCCUCUAGUCGGAGUCAUUUCUAAUGUUGCCAUUGCUAAGGCGUUCUCUAAAGGCAGAACGUUGGACGCAACUCAGGAAAUAGUAGCAUUGGGCGCAUGCAACAUUGUCGGCGCUUUUUUCCAUUCGUUCCCAGUGAACGGUUCGUUCACGCGAAGCGCUGUAAGCGACGCGUCGGGUGUGAGGACGCCUGCGGCGGGAUUUUAUACGGGAAUCAUAGUUUUGCUGACCCUGGGUUUGCUGACGCCGUAUUUCUAUUUCAUACCCCGUGCAGCGCUGGCAGCUGUCAUCGUUUGUGCUGUUCUGCAUAUGGUUGAUAUUGCAAUAAUAAAAAGACUAUGGAACACUAGCAGAUUGGAUUUGAUUCCAUUGGUGGGAACAUUCCUGUGCUGCUUGGUGCUCGGCGUGGAGAUUGGGCUGGGAUGUGGAGUGGCGAUCGACAUUCUGUUGCUGCUGUAUUACCAAUCUCGACCCCCCUUGGAGGUCACUUAUGUAGACGAUGGAAUACAUUUGCCGCAUCAUUCCGUGCGUCCGAUCGGCGGCCUUCAUUUUGCAAGCGCGGAGAAAGUUCGAUCGAGAUUGACAUCGCUGAAAAGUUCUAAACCAAGUGAUACAAUAAACAGCCCUGAUGUGAGGAUAGAGAAUAUGACGGUACCAAACGGCGCUGUAGGAAACGGGGCGAUACCUCAGAUAGUGAAUACGAAUGUACUAGUUAUGCAUUGUGCAUCGCUCUAUAGAUUAGAUUACACUUUUCUACAGAGUUUGAAAAUGCUGGUGCAAGAGUGGUCUCAGAGCGGCCGCGUGGUCUGGUGCGACGCGAAUACUGUUAUCAAGGAGCAGUUGAAAAGUGUCAUACAGGACCCUUUGUUUUGUGAUACUGAUGAUUUAGCAGUCUUCCUAGUAGAAAUAACAACCUCCACGCAAACGGUUAAUUCCAGUGAUACAAGACUUUAGGAUUACGACGUACAAAAUGGAUUACAUUUUUUUGUUCUAGUGUUGUACUGAUCUUUUGAAAACUGAACAUUGGCUGAGUGGUUUUCGGCAUAAAAUUGUAUUAGUGGUUUGUAUUAAUUUUUCUUUCUAUUCAAAUUCAAAAUUCUGCAUUUGCAAAUUGUGAACUACUUACGUCGUUAUCAACCCAUAUUCGGCUCACUGCUGAGCUCGAGUCUCCUCUCAGAAUGAGAGGGAUUAGGCCUUAGUCCACCACGCUGGCCCAAUGCGGAUUGGCAGACUUCACACACGCAGAGAAUUAAGAAAAUUCUCUGGUAUGCAGGUUUCCACACGGUGUUUUCCUUCACCGUUUGAGACACGUUAUAUUUAAUUUCUUAAAAUGCACACAACUGAAAAGUUGGAGGUGCAUGCCCGGGACCGGAUUCGAACCCACACCCUCCGUAAUCGGAGACAGAGGUCAUAACCUAACUUACAGAUCUUCAUAAUAUAUUAAAUAUUGGCAUACAAUUUGCUACAAAAUAACAUGCAAUUUUUAAAAAAGAAUCUUAUAACUAAAUUACAUUAUAUUAAAUAUACUUUAUAACUUACCUAAUGAAGAUAUUAUUUAUGUUAAAAUUAAUGUGUCUUAUAUUUUAAAUUAUUGUGAGGACAACAUAUAAUUUUUUAAAACAGGUAAUUAAUUAUAGUGUUCAUAACAUAUUCAACAGACUGUGAUUUUUAUUAUAAAAUCUCCAGUAAUAUUUAUUUUUAAGUACGCAAUUGUCUUAGGUAAACAAAAUAUAAUAAUUAAUUUAUUAUGAAACACGGUUAAAAUUCAAAUGACACAACGUCGGAUUAUGCCAGAUUAGUAUCGAACCCUUAGUCAUGAGCUGGUUCUUGCAACGCGGCACUAUCUAAACUGUAACGUGUUUCAUAAUAAAUUAAUAUGAAUAACACAAUAGUUUAAAUUCUAAAAUAAAUGACUUGACUAGAAAAGUGUAAUGUUUUUGUCAGAUUUCGCCAUUAUUUUUAAGCAAAGCUUUGAUAGGUCUAAAACCCUUUACUACGGUAAGCUGAUUUUGCCAUUGUUUGUUUCUAGUAAGACAAUUAAGUUUUUUUUUGUUUAAGGUUAAAAUUUAUAUCCUGUUUAAGCAUUUAACUAAUAACAAAUUUAAACUGGCUGCAAAUAGCUGCCUUAUUGUAUUUUAAAACAUUAUUUUUGAGAAAAAAAAAAACGUUAUUUUUGACUCCAUUUAAUAAAAAUUUUAGUUUAUGUAUAAGUAGGUACUUUUCUUUGUGUUACCAUAUUGUUUUGAUUUUAGGUGCAAUAAUUUUAAAUUUUAUAAAUAACAAGGUAAUAAAUAUUUACUGUAAGUAACAUUCCUAUUGUUAUUCAUUUUUAUGGUGCUAUUGUUGUACUGGUAGAUUGUUUGAUUUUAUUGUUGUUUUGUAUACAAAGUUAGGAAUAUUUCGAUAUUGAGUUACCUCAUCUUCGUAUUUAGGUAUAUUCCGAUUUGAUAUAAGAUUCACUUAACUUAUUUAUUAUUUAUUUUUAUUUAUUUAUUUAUUUAUACUUUAUUGCACAAAAUAAAACAAAAACAAUAACAAAGGAAAACAUAGAAAACAAGUAUGUGCAAAGGCGGUCUUAUUGCUUAUAGCAAUAUCUACCAGACAACCUUUGGAUAAAGGAAUUAAUGUAAUUAAUGUAAUUAAAUUAAUGUAAUUAAUGUAAUUAAAUUAUUUUAAGUGGAAUCUGAAAAAAUUGAAUCUCGCAAAUAGGAAUGUGUUCUAGGAGAUCGAUGUAUGUAUAUUCUGAUAUAUAAUAUUAUAAAGCUGAAGAGUUUGUAUGUUUUUUUGUUUGUUUGAUUGAACGCGCUAAUCUCAGGAACUUCCGAUUUGAAAAAUUCUUUCAGUGUUAGAUAGGCCAUUUAUUGAGUAAGGCUAUAUAUUAUCCCCGUAUCCUACGGGUAACCACGCGGCGUUAGCUAGUUUGUGAUAAAGCAACGGCGUUAGUAUAUACGUAUAGUAUAUACGUAUAGUAUAUUCGUAUAGUAUAUACGUAUUCACGAGUACCUAGUACCCAGUCUUUAUUAUACCUAAGUAAGUACGUAACUAUAAGUUAAUAUAUAUUUUUUUAAGUGAUAGGAGAUUUUGUGAUAUGAUAUCUAAUAUUUUAAUAAAAAAUUUACAUCAAGUUGAAGAAG